ACAUCAUUGAUCUGGUCAACAAGGGUGAAGAGUCAUUCGAUCCCACUCGUUCAUCUAAAUUCCAACAGGCCAGGCAACGUCUUGCAGAGCUAUCACCUGCCAAAGAUUCUAUAAAGAUCACCGUUGGUGAGGUUUGUGACCCAGCGACGGACUCAUCUACUAACAGUAAUGUUUACCAAAAGAAUCAAGAGGCGUUCAGGCAACAGCGGCUAAGAGUUGUCAAAACAGCCAUGAAACUGGAUCCGAGUGAUGACCGGAGCAAUAUUCCUUCAGCUGGAGCAAAUGAGAUGGCUGCAAGGAAUGGAUCUUUACGAAGCAGGGCUGUUGUCCUUCCUACCCGCAGAUAUACCAAUAUACCCAUUACUUCCAGGUCGUCGCGCUUGUCAUCUGGUUCCCGUCACAGGUCACAAGUAUACACAGAGUUCGAGAGAUAAUGAGACUGGCGACCGUGGCAGUACAACGUCUCGUGACAGUGCCUACAGAGAUAGUCUUUCAGGAUCAACUUUAGGCUCUGCAGGAUUCCAGGCUCAGUUGGAAGGCAUGAACAAGCAUGGGCUUGCCAAUGUUUUUGUGGCACUCAAGUCCGCUGUCGUUGAUCAACUCUUUUUGAAAGAGCCCGAGAGCACAAUCAAGCAGGACUCAUCAAGGAUUUUGCCACAUAACGUCAAUACCAACUCACUCUCAUCCUCUACUCAACAGAUCGAUUCAAUUCAGUCUCAAUCUGAGGAAAGAAAUGCGACACCACGCCCUAGUGAUUAUGUUACAAGCACUUCAGAUGCGCACAGACGUUCAAAGACUGAGCUAGACCCCGCUUGGACAAGACAGCAUGUCAGCAAAGAUCAAAGCAAGCGAACAAGUUCCUUUGUUGAAGUUCUUGCUAAUGGCACGGACCUUCAAUCCGCAACAAAUUUCUCGCUCAGAAAUACCCCCCCAUCUGAACGCAAGAACUCGGAUCAAGUGUUCGCAGCGGAUUCUGGCAUCAGUAGGGUUCAUGAGCAACUGAAGAGUACAAAUCGUGAAGCAAACCGACUUUCACGACAAAAGCGCGAAGUUACUUUCCAAAGCACCUCUCCUUCGCAUAAAGAAGAUGAUGACGACGAUCAUUUAGAUGAAGACCUGGAUGACUUAGGCUCCUUGGCUGGAUCACGAGCCACGGAAAACGCGUUCAAGAGCUUGGCUGAACUUGAUGUGUCGAUUGAUUUAAAGAGUGUUGACAAGGGUGAGGAUACGGCUCUCUUGAUUGGUCUCGGUUUGAAUGAGCGCAUGCAUGUAAAUGACGAAAACAUGGAUGACCACUUGUCAGCGGUCUCUCUGCCUUCCAAGCCAAAACAAAGGGGUGGAAACUCGCUCAAAUGGGAAAAUCAACUCGACGCAGUUUCAAAUGCUGACACAUCACGCCUCGGAGCUAAUACGAGUAUCUCGCACAACGCGUCAAACAUGUUGCCUGAGCAGUCUUCGUUCAGUCAUGCGCAGGGUCAUUUGAUCCGCUUCCUGACCGGUCUUCACCCUUGGGAUGAAUGGGACCAGGUGAAGUCCUUAGACUUGACGAAGCGAGAGGUGGAAAGUACGAUCACACUCAAUCAUCUAGUUCCCAAUCUGGAGGUAUUGAUCCUAAAUGAUAAUCAGGUCUUACAUCUGACAGGAAUCCCAAAAACCGUCAAGACUCUACAAGUGCGAUCCAAUCUAUUAGAUAAUCUGACCAAUUUCGGACAUCUGAGUAAUCUGCAGUACCUGGAUAUCUCUCGUAAUGCUAUUGAAGACUUGACAGGGUUGUCGGGUCUGAUACACCUGAGGGAACUGAUUGCUGAAGGCAACAGCAUCCGUAAUCUAUCCGCUUUGCAGCAGAUGGAUGGUCUGAUACGACUGGACGUAUCCCACAAUUGCUUGACAAGCCUUGACUUUCGAUGGAGCAAAUUGCAACGUUUGGAGUAUUUAAAUGCUUCGCAUAAUAGAAUUGAGCAACUAGAGAACUUAGAGUCUUUGGCAGGGCUUAUUCAUGCUAACCUCGCUCACAACUCCAUCGAGGAUAUCAGUCUGCUGCAACCGUUGCGUCGCCUACGAAUCUUGCGUCUGUCUGAAAACAAGCUAGUCAGGUUCGAUGCCAUGCCAUUCCCAGGUCUGCGUACUUUAUACCUAGAUGACAACCGAUUGCAGUAUUUGGAGAAUUGUCAAAAGUUGACCCGUUUAGAAAACUUUUCAGCUCGAGAUCAAGAGGGUGAGGGUAUUGCAAUCGACAUGACUGAAUUUGCAAACAGUCGCAAGCUAUACCUUUCAGGCAACCCUGUCUAUGCCCUAGACUUUGAGAUUGGCUUCUAUCGUCUCGAAUAUCUUGAGAUCUGUGCGGGAUGUCUUUCGGAGUUGCCCUUGGACUUUGCAAGUUUGUUUCCUAAUUUGCGUGGUUUGAACCUGAGCUAUAAUGGAUUGGAUUCAAUUUCUGCAUUGGAUGGAUUGCACCGUCUGAGGCGGUUGAUUUUUGUGGGUAAUAACCUAAAGAGCUUCAGUGAUGUCCUGUCGCUUCUCAAACGGAUGCGCUCUUUGGUCACGCUCGACCUGAGACACAAUCCUCUGACAUCUAACAUGUACCCAGCCAUGUCGAUCCGACAAGGAUCCAAGUACCAGGACACGUACAGGACAAACCAAAAUUCGGAGACAGAACUAGAUUGGCGACGACGUGAUGUUGGUUUCCGACGAGCGCUUCCGGAUGCUAUGUAUAUCAAGCGGUCUGUUUAUCGAUCAGCCAUUCUCAAGUCCUGCAAACGCUUGGAGUGGUUCGAUGGUGGGGCUGUUCAGGAAAAGGAGCGAGCGCGUGUCCCGGUUGUGCUGAGUGACAUGUUGAAUAGUUAUGGACGAGACUAUCUGACCAAUAAUCGUCGAGAGGAUGAAGAUGAGGAGUUUGAAUUUGAAGAGGAGUAUUUAGAGUACUACCCACAAGACGAACUCAUCGACAACCAGCAACAACAAGAUGUGGAUUGGCUCCGAAGCCAUAUGCAACUGGAACAAUUAAAUGGUGAUGGCGUUGAUAAUGGUGACGACGAUUAUGAUCGUGAUGAACGAGACCCUGAAGACAUCACAGAUCAUAGCAAGAGGCCAGGCAGUAGUGUGGAGAGCGGAAGUCUGAAUAGUCAGCAUCAACACCGCUCUCUUCCCCGUCGACUCUCAGGCUCGGCAGCUCAUCAACAACCUCGCCGUUUGCAAUCUCGACCAGGAUAUCAGGUGGUCUCGCCAUCUCCAAAAGGGCCCAUCCAACCUUCAAAGCAGUCAUUAAAUCCCUCACGUUCUGGAGAUUCUAACAGAUUGAGCUCAAACGCUGCGCUUUCUCAGCAACAACAACAACAGCAACAAUAUACCACAGACAGGCCACUUAAACGCUUGAACAAGAAACCCAGCUUUGCAGACAAACCCGUAGUGUUUAACAUUGCUCCUUAUGAUCAGCAGGGCCAGGAACAGAACGGAAACGAAGACAAUCUUGAGUGUGAUGAUGCAGAUAUAUAUUACGAUGGUUCGCCCGACAAGCAAUAUGCCGUCAGGACAUGGAGAGAUGAAGUCAAUGAAAUAUCUCAAAGGAAACUUCAAUCACCUAGAAUGCUUGCAUCUGCAGCCGGAGAUGCUCGUGGCAUCUUAUCAUCUGGUUUACAGGAGGCUCGCCCCAAGUCGCAGCAGCAGCAGGUUUUACGCCGUAGUGACAAGAGGAGUGUGAGUGGAAGUGGCACUCGAAGUAGUCAUGGAAGCCAUAGCGGUAGCAUUAGUGGGCUUCAUCGCCGCUUGGAGACCAGUAUUAUGGCCGUCGCUAAUAACAGCAGUGAAAACCGUCCUGUCAUGGAACGUCGCUCCGCGGGUUUACGAAAACUUUUUAACAUUCCUACGCCCGUCCCACAGCAGCAACUGCAACAGGCAUCGACUCAACAGCGCUCAUUGAUGCCUUCUCAUCGACGACGAUCUGAUACCACGGCUGCAAUAUUGAUGUCGUCAGGCUUGGCUCGACCUCCAUCGUCCACAUAUACUUUGAACCGACAGCAGCCCUCCCUAUCAAGGCCUGUUUCUCAACAUGGAGUGUUGUUUGGAUAUGAAAGCGUUGAGAUGGGUGGAAGUACAGUUGCAAACAACCCCAUGUCUCAGUCUUAUCAUCAAUCGUCCAUGUCCCCUAUGGCAGGCCCUAUCGGAAUGACAUCGAGUGGCACGAUUCUACAAAAACCUAAUCAUCGUCGACGACGCUCCGCUGGCGUUCGCUUGUCACAUGGCUCUUCUGUUAGCACUCGUAAGAAAGAGCUUUUGGAGCGCGAUAUCAACAACAAUCAAAGCCCUGGCCUAAAUGGUCUAGCUGUGAGCCAGUUUUCGCCCACAAUGUCACCUGGAUACUUUGGUUUAAACCAUCAUGGUACACAGAGCCCUUUUGGGUUCGGAAAGGGUACUCCUCUAAUUGGUGCAAGUAGUAGCCGUAGCUUGCCAAACACGCCAUCCAAAGUCAAUAGUGGUCGAGCAAGUCGAAUCAGUCUAGGAGCAGGACCUCAUUAUGGCCCGCAGACAUUGGCGCGUGACAUGGAGCUGUCCGAAAUGGCUGACUGAAAAAAAUGCUUUUUUUUUUUUUUUUUUACUCUUUCUGUAUUAUUUACAAAGAAAUGUUCCAAAAAAAAUGUUAAAAAAUAACCAAUUUUAAGAACAAAAAAAGUUUUUUUUUCUGUUUAUUGACGAUCUCUCUU